AUGCUCCGUCAAUCCGUCAGGCCUCUCACCACCGUCAACCGUGCCGUCGUCUCCCGGUCUUUCUCAGCUCUCGCCCCCAGGAUGGCCGCAGGUGAUACCGGUGCUCCCCGUCCCGGCGGUUCUGCGCAAGCCGACCAAUUCACCAAGCGCGAAGCCGCCCAGGAGAACCUCUACAUCCACGAGAAGGAGCGUGAGAAGCUUUUAGCCCUCCGCAACAAGGUCAGGGAACAGCGCAAGCACCUCGACGAGUUGGAUAAGCACAUUGAGGAGUUGACCAAGAACCAGGGCGGUGAACAGAACUAA